AAACAACAACAACAACAAAGAUGGAAGGCAGGCAGGCGGAAAGUCAGAGUCACGAAACACUGAUGAGAGAGGAGCGGACAGACUGGAUGAAGCAGAGGCAGGGGAGGAGUCCUGCUGCCAAGGUGAACCCUUAAAGCUGCGUGUUUAUACGGACGUGCAGAACAGAAGCGGAGCCGCUGAUCGCGCGCCUGUCCCCGGGGUGACGGUCAGAGUGCAGUCGCUGGAAUAACCUCACAGACACGGAGCCGUCUUCGCUGGAAGGACGCAUGAUUUUUAUUUCAAUUUUUUCCCCGCGUGUUUGUGGAAAUUUUGGGGCAUAAAGUUCGCCGCCAUGGAAUGAGUUGAGAGGUUUACUCCGUCGAGAGCAGCGGGGGGAUUCAAGAAAGACCGUCAGGCCAUCACCCUCCCCACAGAGCUGUCCCGCUGUCUAACCGUGAUAUCUGCUGCAGUCCUCCUGAGAAUCGUGAGCGGCAGGAGAAUGAAGAGUCCCGCAGGGAUCUAGGAGGGAGGAAUUCGGCUUUCCGACGGUGCGGGGGGGGGACCCCCGACUCCCUGAAGGGACCAGCUGUUGGGCUCCGUGCCGAUGAAGGCAUCACCUCUGAAAAUGUUUUCAGUCGUGUGGAUCCUGCAGAGCGCCGUGGGGGCUUUGAGUGGAUGUUUGCUGCGGAAACGAGGAGGAAAAGACAGAUUUUGUCUUUGAUUCUUUAGAAAUAGUCCAACUGAAACAAUUAAUCAUUUUAAUCAUGAUUAACUGAGCAACUCAUGUAGUAAUUGAUUAAUCAUUGACUGAAGUAUAGAAAAAGGCUAUUUGCUGAAAUAGCAAUUUCAGUAAUUAAGCCAAAACUGUACAAAAUAUGUACAUUUGCAUUUGUACCUCGACUGCUUUGAAGAAUUUGAUCAGCUGUUAACACAUUUAAAACUAUAACAUGGAUUGUUUUUAGUUGUUAUGAUAAUGUCCAUCACAAACAUUCGUCCUUAUUCUUAAUUUGAUACUUUGACUUAUAUCAGUCUUCAAACAUGUGACAUUUUGGGUAUUUUUCAAUCUGUCUCAAGCUUUAUGAACUUGGAUGAUCUGUUCUCCCUUUCAUUGUUGUGAAGAACAUUUUUUAUCUCCUUGGGUGGAGAAGUCACUACUCUUCUUGUCACCGCCAUGGUGAUGUCCCAGGGCACCUACACCUUCCUGGCCUGUUUCGCCGGCUUCUGGUUGGUCUGGGCCCUCAUCGUCAUGCUGUGCUGCUUCUGCAGCUUUUUACAGCGCCGGCUGAAGCGGCACAGAGAGGACAGACUCAGAGAACAAUGUUUGCGGGCCGUGGAGAUGGAGCCGCUUUCUGCUCAUCCUGCCGGAUACCCAACGGUGCCGCCACCGGCGCAGCCUCCGCAGGUGCAGAGGGAGCCGCCACCACAGAUCUGCUCUUCCCAGAUGCUGGCGGCACCCGUCGCUCUGCCGGUUCCUCAUCCGAUGCCACAAGCCAACUGGGUCAGCAUGCCAGACACAGAUGUAUUUGGGAAGCCGCCUUGCUAUGAGGAUGCAGUCCUGAUGGAGGAUCCCCCUCCACCCUACAGCGAGGUCUUGGCUGACCCUCGAGGGGGGACGUACCUGAAGCCCGGCCCACUCCGUAGAGCGCCGCUGCCUUCCAGGGAAAACCCCCACCUGCCUCCAGUCGUCACAUCCGAGACCAGUAAGCCCCCAGUGGCCACCGUGUUCCCUGACAGGGGUUACUCCUCGCUAAUCCGCCUGCCUUCAUCCCAGCGCUGGGACUCGUUGGGUCAUCUCCUGUCCAACAUGGACCUGAACAACAGCCUGACCCCACCUGAGGCUCGCUCGCUUCAGGCGGCCACCGCCGCCGCCAUGGCGACCAUGCCACGCAGGGAGUCUAGGACUCAUUAUGAGAGUAUGCAAAGUGAAAUACAGGGACUUCAGGGGAGCAUGCGGGGAUUUCAGGGAGGAUUUCAAGGUAUUCAGGGGGUUCAUAGACUGAGAAGUCUGGAGCCUAGCUGCGGUAUGCCAACCGCCUUCCCUUUGCUGGGUCGCAGCACUGCAGUCUGAGCCUGGAUCCCUACUGGGAGCAUCAUAUCAGCCAGUAAGAGGAGCUACAAAUGAACUCAGGAGUGAACUUACUUAGUUUGCAGAGCUGAUGUGUGAGUACAGGAGAACACAAACAAGUUUGUACCAGUAGUUGUGCUUCUGUUGAAAUUUGACAUUUGCUAUAGGGAAAUUCACCAAUUAAAAAAAAAAAAAAAACUUGUUUUCAAUAAAAAGUUUUGCCGUUAGGAUGAAGUGGUUUUUUGGCCAUAUCAAAAUUGGUUUAUUUAGCAGAACUGCAAUGGAAACUGGUUUGGCAUCGCAUGAGUCACAAUCAACAACUGGAUGUUGCCACUAGUGCUAAUCACAAGAAGAUACUAACAUGUUUUUAAUAACUUAUCGAGUGAACAAACUUACUCACAUGUGAUUUGAAUUGUGCUUCUUAUUUAAUGGAAACAACACAAUUGCAAAAUUGUGUUUUUUCGACAUUAGCAGAAUAUUGACAGUUUUGCACACUUUACAAUUGAAACACAGUUACUGCUGUAGAGCUACAGCGGUGCUCUGCCAUCACUUUUGUGGCUGACAGAGUUGAAGAACUUUGGAGGUGCAGAGGAGGAGAGAAGAAGAAGCCAUAAUGAGGUAAAGAUGUGCAACAAACGAGCUGCAAAUCCAACCUCCCCUGGUCUUUAUUUCCAUCUCCACCUCCUCUCUCAUUCAUCCCUGAUCUCUGCUUCUGUCUCAGAGCCACCCAUUGUACCGGCCUGCUGUUGCCAUGGCUCCAGAGAACUGCCUGUUUCCUUUAUCUGCUCUGAUUUUCUUUGUAUCACUCGGCUCACAGCUUGCAUCCUCUCAAGUAUUGUGAGAAUUAAGGCGCAGGUGAAGAGCACACGGUGACCUUCGGUGGGACCCAGACAUCGUGUGACACCAAACAGAAGGCUGAGCUUCUUCUAAGAACGGAGAACUGAUCAGAAUCAAGUGAAGUUUGAUUGUUGCUUUGUAACUGCUUUGUCAUUUUCAGUGCUGUCUUAACUGUUAGUAAAGAUUUGUUUUUUAAAUUACAUGACGUCAGCUGGAUCUCUGAUAUAAAAAGGACCUUUUUCAUGUACAGCCAUGAAAGACAAUUUUUGAAACAUUGUCAGAAUGCCCUUUUUCUUGUGUAAUAAAACAUUCUCAUCAA